CUUUUCAUUUCUCCUCACGAGUUGACUCCAGCGGGUGGAUCGGCUGUCUGUUUACAGGGAUGAAGAGGAAUCAAAAGCGAGAGUGAAAUGUUCAUUUAAAGUGGUGAUUGCCCUCUGGUUGCUUACAUCAGGCUGGUGGACUUUUGAACUGUGUGCUUGGAAAGAUGUCUCCAACCAAGUAGAUGCUGAUCAACGUGACUCUCACCGUCAAGGAAUCUCGUGCCUUUCAUGGAACACUGCCUCCUAUCCCCAACGAUCCGUUGCCUGUGACAGUGAAAGUCAUGGAUUCAUUCACGGUGGCGGUGCCCGUCCUGGCACCUCCACCGCCACCGCCACCGCCCCCUCCUCCGCCGCCACCACCUCCUCUCUCAUCGCCUUUGAGCCGGACGGACAGCGGCCAUCGAAGCCGGCUGAGAAAGUUCAACUGGGAGCGUAUCCCCAAAGAGAAGGUAGAGGGGAGGAACAGCGUGUGGAGCGGUGCGGGCCCGGGGGAGGACGAGUUCCCCAUAGAUUUGCACUCUCUGGACGAGCUCUUCGGCCAGAAGGACAAUAAGCCUCAGGACAGGAGCAACACUUUAAGACGGCGGUCUGCUCUGCUACGCUGCAGAACUCCUCAGGAUAGCCCAGAAGAGAUCUCCCUACUGGACUCCAAACGCAGUAUGAACAUUGGGAUAUUUCUUCGCCAGUUCAAAAUGCCGGCGAAAGAGAUAGCUGAGGAUAUCAAGCACGGAGCUGGGGACCGUUACGGAGCAGAGAAACUCACGGAGCUCUGCAAGCUGUUACCCGACAUUGAGGAGGAAUCUCGCCUGAGGAGCUUCAGCGGGGAACGUCGCUGGCUUGGAGAGCCUGAUCUUUUUAUGCUCCUGCUGGUGGAAGUCCCCAGUUUUCGCCUUCGCUUGGAUGCCAUGAUCCUACAGCAAGAGUUUGACCCUGCUCUGACCUCUCUGUGUGUGGCAGCCAGAUGUCUGAGGGAGGCGGCUAGAGAACUGCUGAGCUGUCCUGAGUUACACUCCAUCCUCCGUUUGGUGCUUAAAGCAGGGAACUACAUGAAUGCUGGUGGCUACUCGGGGAAUGCAGCUGGAUUUCGAAUUUCAUCACUGCUCAAACUGGCUGACACCAAAGCGAACAAACCUGGCAUGAACCUGCUUCAUUUUGUAGCUAUGGAAGCUGUGAAGAAGGAUCAGAGUUUACUGUCAUUUCCUAGCCAACUGGGCCAUGUUGGCUCCGCUUCUAGAUUGUGCGAGGAGUCUGUAAUGGAGGAUUUAUCCAAGUUAAAAAGCAGAGUGCUGGCGCUGAAAGCAAAUGUCCUGACAGAGAGAGAGAUUUUGCAGCACGCGCAAUCUUUCUUCGAGGUGACAGAGGAGCGUCUAAAAGAGGCAGAGGAUGAAGUUGAGGGCAUGAGGAUGUCAAGUCGAGCAUUGGUGGAUUUUUUCUGUGAAGACGACAGUACAUUUAAACUUGAGGAAGCCUGCAGGGUCUUUGACUUAUUUUGCCAGCGCUUCCAAAAAGCUGUCAAGGAGAAUGCAGAGCGCGAGUUGAAGGAGCAGAAACGUCUGGAACGUCAGAGGGAGAUCGCGGAGAAGCGUCGCUCAGUGGCUGUCUGCACGGGUCUCGACCUGAGAGAUCCUCACAGUCAAGGAAACCAAGAUGAUCUGGAGAGACUCCUUGAGAAGAACUUGAGCCGCACCUGGAGCCGUCGUAGCCUGAGAAGUUCUGACACGCGCAGGUACUCUCACUGCCUGCCCAGCGACAAGAGCUUCCCAGAGCUGAGCACCAGCCCGACAGCCAUCAGCUGUCACUCAAGCUGCUCAUCUGACCAUGAAACAGCCACUGUGCUUUGUAGCUCUCCAGAGACGGAUGGCUUUUGUUCCCCAGUUGGUCAAGGAAGUGUCUUGGAAAGCGACAAUAAGAGUCAGUCAUGCCAUUACCAGGCAAUAAAUCAGUGCAUGGAGAUUGUUCAAGAAUCUCUCGUUGGAUCGUAUUCGCAACACGGACCUGGGUUCACGGUUAGGCAACAAGGGUCUGAGAGCAUUCCUCUUCAAAUACAGGCAUCGGAAAUGAGUGGCCUUCCAAAAGUGAAUGCAAUGUCAUGCAAGCAGAAGACUACCAAGAACACUGAGUUUCCACCCAACUCCUCUCGGAAUGCUGCUGCUCUCAAUGCAGAUACCCCUUCGCUGUGCGCUAAAAGCCAGAACUCCGGUCCUAGACAUAGUUUUGGAAUGCCCCCAGCUGACAGGAAUAGUUCUCUUCAGAAUAAAUUAAACACCUGUCGAGUUGGUGGGCCUGAACAUCAAUCUCCUCACAAGAGUGGAACGCUUCAUAGCAACAACCGCCCAACAUCAGUGAGCUUUCAGAGAACUGAGAAAGAAUCACGUUUAUCUGUUAAGGCGACGGAUAAAGUGGCGUUGCAGCAGCUAAACAGAAGGAUGAAAGCAAGUGCUGCUAUGUCUGGGCCCCAUGAAAGUCUGAGGAAGCAGUUAAACACAAAAGGGGCGGUGACACCAGUCGCGGAGAACUGGAUGCCACCCAGUCUUCCGGAGUUCAGCCAGUCACACCCAGAGGAGAACUCCGAUGUGCAGAGUACGAAGAGGGAGUUUGCGAGGUCCUACUCCCAUGUGGGGGAAACUCUAGAGUGCCGCACUCUUGUGAAAGGCCUCCGAUCCUAUGACACACUGUCACCACCGUCAUCCCCGACCCCGCGACCAGGGCCGAGCCUCUGCUCCAAGUGGAAGAAAGAGAGGGAGGUUGAGCCGAGAACUCCGGCUUCUCCAUCAUUAAAGGAGGAGAGUCGUGCCUUGAAGGUUCCUGUACGUGGUGGCGUCAGAGCUAAGAGAGCACCUGGGUCACGUGUAGGACCUUCCAACAGCACAGGUGUUCCAAGAGUACGCCCCAAAACGGAGGCUACAAAUAGUGCCCAAGUACCGUCCGCAAGUAGCCCAGCGACGUCCCGUUUAUCCUUGCGUUCGUCUCCUAUCACGCAGCCUGCCUCACUUCGUGCAGAUGUGAAAAGAAGUGGUAGUGCACGAGAGAGACCGCAGACUGCAAAUCAGCCGCAGAUUCCUGGAAAGUCUUCCCUGACCCGUAGGACCUUGGAAAGACCAACAACAGAGAAGGUCUCAGGCAGGCCCCAGUCAACAUUUGUUCGAGGAAGCCCUCUCCGCGUGGCAAAACGAGUCGCCCCGAACUCCGAAACUCAGUCUACUACCGCAACUCUACCAGCCCACGGUCCAUCUUCUGCCACAGCUAAGACCAUACGUACGGCGGCCGUCAUGUCUGGAGCCCGGAACAAAACCACUAAGACCACUAACACAGGCACCUGUGCUACCUCUAAAAACCCUUCAAGAAUUACUGGUUCUAAAAUGCUUCGACCGACUACAACUCAGCCACUGUGGAAAUGAAAAUAAUAUAUUUUAGGCGUUUUUCGGCCUAUCUAUACAGAGCUGGUUAUCUCUGUACAUGAUCAGUUCCAAUACAUCAAACAUAUACCGUAUUUUCCACACUAAAAGGCGCACUAGAUUAUGAGGCGCACCUUCUAUGAAUGGCCUAUUUUGUAAUUUUUUUCAUACAUU